AAAACAAAACUGCCGCUUCAGUCUCCUAGGGAAUUUUCUUGCAACUCAGUGUGAGCAGGUACCGUGGUGUCAGCCAUGCUUCCUCAAAUCCUUUACAGUGGAUAGGAGUCGAACCCAUGCCACGCAAUCCAAUCUAACAAAUACGAGCCGAGACUGGCACUGACUUGAGGACUCAGUCAGCAGCCUGAGUGACGAAUGGUCUUCUUGCUCUGCACGCUGGUAGAAUUUUCAGACCACGAGUCGAAUAACUCGUCAGGUUGACCCUUCCUGCGACUAAAAUUCAAAUAAGCUGGCCACAUUGACCCCUUCCUACCGCUCCUCUGCUUUUCUAUUCCGUUGAUCUCCAGCUCAUGAUCGAUGGUAGUUACUGCAAUACACAAACAGUUCCACAAGAUCCAUUACAAGCUCUGAUUGAGUCUCCCGAGUUGCCGAGGGAUCAGGACGAGCUGAAGGCUGAAGCCAGAGUCCACCCAGCCAUGGAGGUGAGCAAAACCUGUGCCUCCACUAGCUGCGUGUGCGUACUGCUGUUUCUCUGGUCCCCUGGCCUGGCUAUGGCCAUGGCCGAGCCGUCGCCACGGCAACUGGACAAGGCGCAAGACAGCAUCAUGCGGGGUAUUUCAAGCUUGGUGAGUGGUGCCAUGGCUUCAUCACCCGUCACCGGAAACUGGAACGCCAGCUCAGAUCCAUGCCAAUGGAACGGGGUCAAUUGCUCCGCUCCUGGCUCGAGGUCCAGCAUGCCUGCUGUGGUCACUCAGCUUUCGCUGUCAGGCUUUGGCUUCUCUGAUGCUACCAUCCUUUCCUCCAUAUGCCAUCUUGAUACCUUGCAAUCCCUUGAUCUCUCUAAGAACUUCUUCACCAGUUUGCCAGGCCAGCAUCUUCCUUGCCCCAUGAAGGAUGGAUUGCAAGCGUUGAAUUUCAGCAGCAACAGGCUUUCUGGUCAACCCGGCAAUUUAUCUGGCUUUCCCAAUCUUGAGGUUCUCGAUUUGUCCUUCAACUAUUUAAGUGGCAACAUAAGUACCCAGCUGACUUAUUUGCCGAAAUUGAGGACCUUGAACCUGACAUCAAAUCACUUUGAAGGCCCCGUUCCUACAACCAUGGUUCCCUUUCUGGAGGAACUUGCCUUAUCCGGCAAUAGAUUCAGUGGUCACAUUCCAAUGGGUUUGUUUGGGUAUGCAAAUCUUACUCUCUUGGACCUCAGCCGAAACAAUCUAACAGGCAAGAUCCCAGAUGAGUUCUUGAGCUUUCCCAGACUCAGCUCUUUGCUCCUUUCAGGUAACAAUCUUGGAGGGGCAAUACCACAGAGCUUGCUGAACCUCACCAUGCUGUGCAGAUUUGCAGGAAAUCAGAACAGAUUUCAAGGCUCAAUUCCAAAAGGAAUCACCAAGAAUAUUAGGAUGUUAGAUCUGAGUUACAACCACCUCAGUGGGGAGAUGCCGCCUGAUCUUCUCUCGUCUGACAAUUUGGAGGCUGUUGAUCUCACUGCCAAUAGGCUUGAAGGCCUCAUUCCUGGGAACUUCUCUCAGAGCCUUCAGCACCUGAGACUUGCAGGAAACUUACUCAACGGAAGACUACCAGAAACAAUUGGCAAUGCGAUGAGCUUAGUUUAUCUGGCGUUGAAUAACAAUCAGCUUGCCGGUUCUAUACCGUCACAACUGGGCAAAUGCAAGAACUUGGCGCUCCUAGACUUGUCAUCAAAUAAGCUGCAGGGUGCUCUACCAGCUGAGCUGGGAAACCUUCAGCGGUUGGUCGUGAUGAAGCUCCAAAUGAAUAAUCUUAGUGGAUAUAUCCCAAAUUCAUUUUCCAAUAUGAAAAAACUGGAAGUAUUUUAUCUGGGUCAGAACUCAUUCACUGGAGAGAUACCUUCCAGAGUUGUUCAGUUGCCGAAGCUCUGCAACAUAGAUUUGCAUGGCAACAAGCUCAAUGGAACGAUUCCAUCUUCGAUCAGCUCACUACAGUUUCUGAUAACUCUUGCACUCGGGAACAAUGAGCUGACAGGAACCAUCCCCACAAUGCCAACCAAAUUGAAUGCAAUUGAACUAGAUCACAACUAUCUUCAGGGGCAGAUCCCUUCAAGCAUUGGAAUGUUAAGUAACUUGGAGUUUCUUGAUAUUUCAAACAAUAACUUAUCAGGUCAGGUACCAUCCUCACUUGCAAGCCUGCAAAGUUUGACACAUUUAUUCCUUUCUUACAACCAGCUAUCCGGACCCCUGCCUGACUUGCCUAGAUCACUGAUCCUUAAUGUGACUGGAAAUCCAGGCCUCAAAAACCAUACAGAAGACAGUGACACUCCUGAUCAUAUGGCACACACUGAAGAUGACUUCAGGUCAGCUACAUGGGUUGCAGCAGUUACUUUCGUUGUUGCCUUCACAAUCUCCUUUUAUGCAGUUGGAGUCAGAAUGUAAUAGUUGCAAGAUCAAAAGAGCUACUGCAGAUGACCAUCACUUGUGUCAACCGCUGUGACUGUCACACUAGCCAUUACUGCAACUCAGUACCAAGCCUUGAGAUGCAUGUAGCUAUUCAUAUUUAUAAAAGCAAUUCUCA